UCGCAGUGGUGGGAGUUAGCAUGCGACGGUCGGGAUUGUCGGUGCUGAUAUGAGGGUUGAUGAUUGGAGUUGAGCGGCUCACAUGGAGCGGAUGGAGCAGAUAAUGAGCCGGCUCAUUAAGCCUAACCCGGCUCCGGCCCGACCUACCCCUGCAUCAUUUCCGCUCUUACCUGCUCCACCUGCUCCAGGAUUCGCCCCCCAGUUUCCCCUUCUAGCUAAUCCGGCAGGAAAGAUCGAGUGUUUCAACUGCAAACAGCCCGGGCAUUUCGCCCGAGACUGUCCGCAGCCAAAACGUAAUCAGCCUCCCCCUGUUGCGGCCCCAAUGGCCCUUAAUCAAGGACGAGUGGCAGCUCUGAUGGACACGGACCAGGGAGGAGAGGCCGUAGCAUACGCUCCAGAACAGCCUUCCCCUUCAACGACAAUGGCGUCAACAUCAGGAGCCUCUUCCUCUGACGCUGCUGACGUGGUCAAUCCCCUCGAGUAUCUCCAUCUUGCCGGAAUGAUCGGAGCAAUCCGAUCGUCCCAAGAUGAUCUCGAAUGGAUCGAUCGCGAGUCCAAUCCUAGACCACAGUUUCGGAAAGGGGAUAUUGAUGUACUGAAAACGCUCAAGCAACUAGACAUUCGCGUGCCUAUCCCAGUGGGACAUCUGCUCACCAUAUCUGUAAAAGUGAACGAUAAGCUGUUACAACAUUGUCAGAAAAAUCAAAAGCGCUUCACCUAUCAGCGCGUACAACGGAUGUUGAAGAAGAAGGAAGAAGAAGUGCUGAGCGUGCAUGACAAUGACAUUGGGUUAACUAAUGUAAUUGAACAUGCCAUUCUCACGGGAGAUCAUCCGCCCAUUAGCUGCGCUCCCUAUCGAUACUCGCCAGCUCAACGAGCGACCGCUUUUCAACGGAUUAAGGAGUUCGAAGCGAAUGGAUGGAUCGAACCCGCUAUAGGACCAUGGUCCUUCCCUGUAGUGAUCGUACCUGCGAAGGCUGGGGGGAUUCGCAUUUGCAUUGAUUAUCAAAAGUUGAAUGAUAUCACGAUUAAGGAUGUGUAUCCCCUCCCCUGGAUUGAUGAGUUAUUGGAUGCGAUUGGGAGUGCUCGAUUUUUCAGCACGUUUGAUGUUCGUCAUGGGUUCCAUCAUCUUCUUGUCGGAGAGGAAGAUCGACCGAAAACAACGUUUGUGCUUUUCGAAGGCACGUGGCAAUGGAUUCGAUGUCCGAUGGGUAUCUGCAAUGCUCCUGCAACUUUUCAGCGGGCCAUGAACAUGGCCUUUCAGAAUUUCGUAUGGAAGACUUGUUUGGCACAAAGCAUCAUCAACUACUGCGUGAUUGUGUACAUGGAUGACAUCCUAGUGUAUUCGAGUUCUUAUGAGGGACACGUGCAGCACAUCGAAUGGGUAAUGCAUGCGUUACGAGAUGCAAGUUUUAAGGUGGCGCUUGAGAAGUGUCAAUUUUUCCUCACCACCGUUUCUUUCCUAGGGCACGUAAUGACAGACAAGGGACUCCAACCGGAGCCGCAGAAGGUGGCAGCUGUCAGGGACGCGUCAGUACCAACCACUAUCACGCAAAUUCGCGCCUUUCUGGGCUUAGCAUUGUAUUACCGAAGAUUCAUCAAGGGCUUCGCGGCAAUAGCGGGACCCCUCACAAAUCUCCUGCGCAAGGAUCAGCCGUUGAUCUGGACGCCCGAGUGCGAUCGAGCGUUUUCCAAGCUCAAGGUUGCUCUCAUUUCGGCUCCGGUCCUUAUAAGACCGGAUCCCGAAAAGCCUUUUGUUCUCAUCACUGACUGGCAGCCAGAGGCGAUUUCGACGAUCCUUGCUCAGGUGGGACCAAGCGGACUCGAGAGUGUGGUGGAGUAUGCGUCCAAAUCAGUACCCGCCUGCAAGCGCAACUACGCCGCUCCGACGGGAGAAUGCUAUGCGGCUCUCUGGGGAAUUAGUCACUUUCGUGCUUACCUGUAUGGGCGAAAGUUCACCCUGGUGACUCAUCAUGAGCCCCUGUUGGCUAUGAAGAAAUCGAAGGAUUACUCGGGCAUCAUUGGGCGAUGGGCAACGGUGCUGCAGAGCAUGGACUUUGACAUCCGCCAUCGGAAGUACGAGAGACACGGGAACGCGGACGGAUUGACACGGUUACACAGGCCUUAGAAAGUUCUGAAAGUGAGGAGGUGAUCCUGUGGAACGAACCCGAGCAGAAGAUUGGACCUCGGUACGGCCAAGUGAAGAUUUUGUCGAAGCAGUAAGUGACACGAAGACUAAUUUGCCUGCUCUACUCUCUCCACAAUUCAAUCCCGUCUCUUCCCCUCUGUCAUCAUGACUACUCCGCCUGCCUUCACAAACCCUUCUUCUCCUACUAAUUCUGCCGCACUUACUUCCUCAACUUUCUUUGCCACCCUCCCCGAUAAAUUUUGUUAUUUUUGCACGUGCAUUGCACGGGUUUAUGGGGUCGACUGUCAUCCCUUCGAAACUGGGUUUGUCGAUUGGGUAGAAUGUGCCACGUGUGUCAAUCGUGCCCACGGGGCCUGUGUACGAUAUCGAACGAAUAGCAAGGAAUGGAAGUGCCCCCUAUGUAGAACGAACAAGCUCCCCACGCAGGUUCGAUUCGAGGUCGCCCGUACGGACAGUCCUGAAUACGACGAAACAUACCGACGAGCGGAGGUCUAGACAGAUAAAAUUUUAUUAGCGAA